CGGCUCCAACUCCUACAUCGUGCGUGUUCCAACUCCGGUAGCGUACUCCUCCUCAGAAAAAACUCCGGUGGCGUACUACCAGAAAACAGCAGAGACGGCUGUGCCCUGCUCCACCUUCUCGCCGGUGCCUUCUGCUCGAGGCAAACGAAACCCAUCCUCCCCCUCCUCCUUCUCCUCCCCUCUCCCACGCUUCCCCCUUCGUCCCCGUCGACAGGAAGCAACGAGGCGAGGCGAGGCGAGGCGGCGACGAUGCAGGUGAAGCAGAAGGUCUACGAGCUCUACAAGGGGACGGUGGAGCGGGUCACGGGCCCGCGCACCGUCUCGGCGUUCCUCGAGAAGGGCGUCCUCUCCGUCCCCGAGUUCAUCCUCGCCGGCGACAACCUCGUGUCCAAGUGCCCCACCUGGUCCUGGGAGGCGGGCGAUCCGAGCAAGAGGAAGCCGUACCUCCCCUCCGAUAAGCAGUUCCUCGUCACCAGGAACGUGCCCUGCCUAAGACGAGCUGUGGCGGUCGAGGAAGAGUAUGAUGCAGCGGGAGCUGAGGUUGUUCUCGAUGAUGAUGAGGAUGGCGAAGGCUGGCUCGCAACACAUGGGCUGCAAGCAUCAGAGUCAAAAGAGGAGGAGGACAUACCAUCUAUGGAUACAUUGGACAUAGGGAAAGUCGAAGAGAUCAAAUCUAUUCCCUCGUACUUUGGUGCUGGUGAAAAGCCAGAUGACGAGGAGGAUAUACCUGAUAUGGACACCUAUGAAGACACAGGAGAUCAUUCCACAGCUACCCCUCAGCCUUCAUAUUUUGUCGCGGAAGAGCCGGAUGAUGACAACAUUCUUCUGACCAGAACAUAUGAUGUCAGCAUCACAUAUGACAAGUACUACCAAACUCCACGUGUCUGGCUUACUGGCUAUGAUGAGGCAAGAAUGCCAUUAAAGCCUGAACUUGUGUUUCAAGAUAUCAGUCAAGACCAUGCACACAAAACGGUGACUAUCGAAGACCACCCUCACCUGUUAGUGGGACAGCACGCUUCAGUGCAUCCUUGCAAGCACGCUGCUGUGAUGAAAAAGAUCAUUGAUGUUAUAGUGUCUCAAGGAGGUGCACCAGAAGUUGACAAGUACCUUUUCAUAUUUCUCAAAUUCAUGGCUUCUGUCAUACCCACCAUUGAGUAUGAUUACACUAUGGACUUCGAUCUGGGCAGUACAAGCACAUAAGUCGCCCAUUGAAGAAAAGCUGAAACUCCCAAGAAGGCAAGCUGGUCGUUGUCGCCGAAUAAUUGCUGCUCUUCGGAAGGAUCUGUACAUUGUGUCCGUGUGUGUGUGUGUGUUGGUUCGUCUGGAAAUGAACUUUCAAUUGUAAACUCUGAUGCUCUGCAGGAAGAUUGUGCCGAUUUGUCCUCUUACGGUGCAGCGCCGCACUGAUGACAUUUGUGAUUCUUCGCCAACAAAUCUGAAUUAUGUUGAAAAACUGAAGGAUAGUAAAAUCCCUGCACUGGCAUGACAUUUGUGAUU